AUGGGGGUCUGUCGAGUCUGGGGGUCUGGCGGGUCUGGCGGUCUGGCUGUCUGGCGGGUCUGGCGGUCUGGCGGUCUGGCAAUUAAGGCAGUGCCCUUUGUGGCUUACGUGACGGAAUUCUAUACUUUUGACUUUAAUAACGAAGACUAUGCCGCAUAUCCCGGUGCUAAUGGUCUGCCAGUUGUUGGUCAAAAAUACGCUUUUACGUCAUACAUCACCACAAACAUGACUGUAUGGAAGUCUAUGAAAUGUACUGGUUCAAAUAUAAGCCACGUGCAACUCAGAAAUUUAACCUUUUCCACCGAGGUCACAUGUAAUGGCUACCACUCAUGGGGUACUGAUUUUGCCUACGAUAUAUUGGUGGAUGGUAAUAUGUAUGAGGUCAAUACGGGUACAGUGACCGAUGGCCGGUGCAAAGGGGACGUGUUUUUCUCAUCCAAUGCCUAUGUGGCCGAUGACCAGUACGGGUGCUCCGGUGGUAAAGGGUCGGCAUCUUUCACCAUAGACUACAUCUACGGACAUAUAACCGGAACCAAGUGCCCGUCCACCUGCACCCUGGACACCGGGUUCAUUAAGUUAGACCCACCUAUAUCUAAUAAUUAAUAUGACCAUAGUAUGAAGUUAUAAAUGUUUUAUUAAUGACCAAGUUCAAAUGUAUUUUUUUGAGAUGGAUACAAUCAAACAAUAAA